UCGAAUAUAGGUAAACCCCUAGUUUCACUUUCGAUUUACAUUGGCAGCACGAAGAUUCAAGUAGUACAAAAAUUGAAAUGUAAUUUGUUUUGUUUUGGGAACACUUUACCAUAAUAGUGUGAAGGUAACAGUUUGGGUCGUUGCUCUUUGUCACAUUUUAUACAAAAUGACCGACACUGAGAAGAAAGAAUAUGAUUCAGAUUUUUCUGAACUUGCUAAACAAAUUGACACCACAAUAGACCCGGACUUGGUGGACCAGCUUAACCAGGUUGAUCAUUUAAAUUUGUUUUUUAAGUGUGAUGCAUUUGGCAACGAGGAACUUAUUCCAGUCGGGAGUUGUGUUGAUGGGUCGAAGAUUACGUUACCUAGUGACAGUGGUGAUGUUGAUGUGUUGAUGAUUUCCAACAGGAUCAUUCUGACGGAAUCUUUGUUCGAUUAUGACUUAGAGAGGCCUGCAUUUCUCCAUAUUAAAGUGAACGAAGAUCAUGAAAAAUACUUUAAAACUGUGCAAGACCCAGUCAACGGAAUUUACCUACCAACUAGCGUACUUAAAGGACUGAAAGAAAAGAUGUUCUUUAUGUCAAAGGUAUUUCUGAACGCGGAAAUACAAGAAGGUUUAUCUAAGGAUGGGAAAUUCCUGAACGUAACUAGAACGUCAGCUGUCGGCAAAGAACAAAUUCAAUUGUGUCUGGAUGAUGAAGAGGUCGUUAAUAUUCCUGAAAACGCAGAUCCAUUUGAAUAUAAAGUGAAAAGAAUGGAGAAAUUUGUUAGAUGCUCUCUGGUUGGAAUAUUGAAUGUGGUUGGUGAAAUUGAAGCAUCAGACGAUAAAGAUGAAACAGGAAGACCUGAAAGAAAAAAGUUAGCAUAUGAAGAAAUGUCUUUGUCUGAAGUACUAAACAAUUUCAUAGACAUGAUUAAAGGAUCAUGCGGUACAAGCAAUAACGAUAACUUCGAGGACGAUAAACCUGGCAAACAAGAUGUCCAUGGUGGUGCAAAUUCUGAUACCCCACAAAACUUUAAUGAAGAGCACACUCACGCUAAGGCAAACAAGUCUUCGAGUGAAAAUUUACACAAGAGAAAAAUGUCAAAGAAUUGUACACCACUACUGAAACCUGAAAUACUUAACCCUAACACAGAACCAAAAGCAGAACGUGAUAGCGACACACCGAAGAACGAUGCUCCAUUCUCUAUAGCAAAAUCUACAGAUUAUGUCCCUGCAUAUAGAUUCGAUGGCUGGCCACGAGUAGCAGACGAGUGGUUAACCCGGUCACGAAAGUGGCCAUCGAAGGAAACCAUGAAAGAUGUUUUAAAGGCUGGGUGUCAGGUCGUAGCAAAACGACCUCUAGCUUUAUGUAAUAUACCGAUAUCAGACGAGAGAGAUCCUUACUUCAGAUUGUCGUUUGCACUUUCUGAAGUACAUCUUGCAAAGAGCAUGAGAGAACCACAGUUGCUUUGUUGGCGUGUAUUGAAAGCAUACCAGAGAUGUUAUCUUGAGACUAAACCGAAGUUUCUUACCUCAUAUCAUUGGAAGAAUAUACUGUUUUGGGUUAGUGAAAGUUUGGACGAAUCAUUUUGGACCGAUGAAAAUGUAUCUGCAGCUGUCCUGAAAUGUCUUGAUUUUAUGAAUGAUUGUCUACAAAAUCAAAAUCUGCCAUUUUAUUUCGUUAGAAAAAUGAAUAUGUUUGAUGGCUGUGAUGGAACUCUUUUUGAAGGUCUGAAGAAAAGAGUUGAAGAAAUUCGCUGUUCACCAGCUGAGUUCUUGAAAUGCUUUAUAAUGGAGCCACCUACAUCUCAGGUGUACUUUAUGGAUAAAGGUGAAAUCGAAGUCAUAUUUAGUCAAGAAACAAAAGAACAGAAUGAUACAAAAAUGACAGAAGAAAUAGUAGAUGGGAUGUUAGGUAUUUUUCUGUCUUCUUAUAAUAUUGACAAAGGCGAAUGUUUCAUGGAACAGAUACACACAAGCAUGUUGCAGAUUUUGAAAAAGUUACGUUUUGUCAAGAAAGAGAAGUCUUCUGAUACUGCUCAAAUUUCAGACAAAAUGAUACCAAAAUUUAAAGAUUGUAUCGAGGCAAUGAAAAGAAAGAUAAUGGGACAAAGUUUAAAGCAUUUUAUGAGUUUCCCCGUCAUUUUUUGA